AUGUUUUCUUUUUUCUUUGCAGGCAUGAAGCCAACUCUUCCAUUUCCGCCUCCACUCUCACCCCCAAUUCCACCUCCACCUCCACCUCCACCUCCGUUCCCACCCACCUAUCCUCCUUUCGAGCCUUAUCCUCCUUUCGGGCCUUAUCCACCCUUUCAGCCCUUUGCCACAGACCCCGGUAUGUUUAAUCCACAACCAGGGCCUGAUGGAUAUGGCAUCCUGCCGUUCGAUAUACCUCCUUACCCACCAUUUGGUGAGGUAAAUCAUCCUAUACCCCCAAUCCCUAGUUAUGACCCUUUUACAUUCCCUCCGUGGAAUCAGUACCAGAGACCCAUUCCGAACACUCUAACAGGUAAAUAUUUACAUUUUUUUAUUCGCAUCUUACCCUCUUCUUUUCUUGCCUUUUUAUUUGAUUUCUUUUUUAAUGUUUUUAUCUAUCUAUCUAUCUAUCUAUCUAUCUAUCUAUCUAUCUAUCUAUCUAUGACAGUAUUUUCAUAUCUAUCUAUCUAUCUAUCUAUCUAUCUAUCUAUGACAGUAUGUUCAUAUCUAUCUAUCUAUCUAUCUAUCUAUCUAUCUAUCUAUCUAUCUAUGACAGUAUGUUCAUAUCUUCAUCUAUCUAUCUAUCUAUCUAUCUAUCUAUCUAUCUAUCUAUCUAUCUUCAUUUAUUUCUGUCUUUCUUUCCGUCUUUUUUUUUACUACCUUUUUAUUUUUUUCUAUAAUUUUCUACUCUCAUAA